AUGAGACCCGAAGUCGAGCAAGAUCUCGCACACACCCUUCUUGUCGAACUCCUCGCAUACCAAUUCGCCUCGCCCGUCAGAUGGAUCGAAACGCAAGAUGUCAUCCUCGGCGAGAAGACGACCGAGCGGAUAGUGGAAGUGGGCCCAGCAGAUACCCUCGGAGGAAUGGCAAAGCGGACAUUGGCAGCAAAAUAUGAGGCAUACGAUGCUGCGCGAUCAGUCCAACGCCAGAUUCUCUGCUACAACAAGGACGCAAAGGAUAUUUACUACGACGUCGAUCCCAUCGAGGAUGAGCCUGCGGCACCAGCUCCCAGCGGAGAUAGUGCUCCAGCUCCAUCAUCGGGAGGCUCAGCACCAGCUCCAGCAGCGGCGGCUCCAGCACCUGCACCAGCGAGCUCAGGGCCAGCAGCUUCUGUUGCUGAUGCUCCAGUGGGAGCUGUCGAUAUCCUACGCACACUUGUGGCUCAGAAGCUGAAGAAGCCUUUCGCCGACAUUCCCCUAAGCAAGGCCAUCAAGGAUUUGGUUGGAGGCAAAUCUACUCUGCAAAACGAAAUCCUCGGAGACCUCGGAAAAGAGUUUGGUUCCACGCCAGAAAAGCCGGAAGACACACCUCUCGAUGAGCUCGGUGCCUCGAUGCAGGCUACCUUCAAUGGUCAGCUUGGAAAACAGUCCACCUCACUUAUUGCCCGCAUGGUCUCCUCGAAGAUGCCCGGAGGAUUCAAUAUCACAGCCGUGCGAAAGCACUUGGAGACCAGAUGGGGUCUCGCCAGUGGGCGUCAAGAUGGUGUCCUCCUCCUGGGUCUAACUAUGGAGCCGGCAGCUCGUCUUGGAUCUGAGAACGACGCAAAAGCAUGGCUGGACGAUACUGCCCAGAAGUACGCGACACAGGCUGGCAUAAACUUGUCCACUGCUCCAGCGGCUGGCGAGGGCGGCGGUGGCGGCGGUGGCAUGAUGAUGGACCCAGCUGCUAUCGAUGCUCUGACCAAGGACCAGCGAGCGUUGUUCAAGCAGCAGCUUGAGCUUUUCGCGCGUUACCUGAAGAUGGAUCUUCGUGCAGGCGACAAGGCUGCUAUCGCUACCAAGCAGAAUGAGACGGCUCUACAAGCCCAGCUGGACCUCUGGAACACCGAGCACGGUGAGUUCUACGCAGCUGGAAUUGAGCCUUCUUUCAGCCCUCUCAAAGCACGCGUCUAUGAUUCAUCCUGGAACUGGGCACGCCAGGACGCCCUCACCAUGUACUACGAUAUCAUCUUUGGCAGACUGAAGGCUGUCGACCGCGAGAUCGUCUCUCGCUGCAUCCUGAUCAUGAACCGUGCAAACCCCACCCUUCUGGACUUUAUGCAAUACCACAUCGACCACUGCCCGACCGAGCGCGGCGAGACCUAUCAACUCGCGAAAGAGCUUGGUGAGCAGCUGAUUGAGAACUGUCGCGAGGUUCUCGAAGAAGCACCAGUAUACAAGGAUGUCAACGUACCAACCGCACCCAGCCUUGAGAUCGAUCCCCGCGGAAACAUGAACUACGAGGAGGCACCACGCGCGAGUGUACGAAAGCUCGAGCACUACGUCCGCGAAAUGGCCGACGGUGGCAAGAUCUCAGAAUACGGCAACCGUACCAAGGUGCAGAACGACCUGCAAAGAGUCUACAAGCUCAUCCGCCAGCAACACAAGCUUUCGAAAUCUUCUCAGCUUGAGAUCAAGUCGCUGUACAGCAACAUUGUUCGAUCGCUGGCGAUGAACGAGGGUCAAAUCAUGCCGUCUGAGAAUGGCAAGCCCAACGGACACAUCAAGAAGGCCCGUAACGGUGGACGUGUCACCCCUGCGAUCAAGGCCGGCAAGGUCGAGACGGUACCAUUCUUGCAUCUCAAGCGCAAGGAAGAGCAUGGAUGGGAAUACAGCAAGAAGCUCACCAGCGUCUACCUCGAUGGCUUGGAGCAAGCUGCUCGAUCAGGUGUCACAUUCCAGAACAAGAACGUUCUGAUGACUGGUGCUGGUGCUGGCUCGAUCGGUGCUGAGGUCUUGCAAGGUCUUAUCAGCGGUGGUGCCAGGGUUGUCGUCACAACAUCUCGCUUCUCCCGUGAAGUCACAGAAUACUACCAGUCGAUCUACGCCCGCUACGGUGCUCGUGGAUCCCAACUGGUCGUCGUCCCAUUCAACCAAGGAUCUCUGCAGGACGUCAACGCCCUCGUCGACUACAUUUACAGCGAGAAGGAGGGUCUUGGCUGGGAUCUGGACUUCAUUGUUCCCUUCGCUGCCAUUCCUGAGAACGGUCGUGAGAUUGACAGCAUCGACAGCAAAUCCGAGCUUGCUCACCGUAUCAUGCUUACGAACCUUCUUCGCAUGCUCGGUGCCGUCAAGGCGCAGAAGGCCAGCCGCGGAUUUGAGACUCGCCCUGCACAGGUAAUCCUUCCACUCUCGCCCAACCACGGUACCUUUGGUAACGACGGUCUCUACUCCGAAUCGAAGCUCGCCCUGGAGACUCUCUUCAACCGCUGGCACUCCGAGAGCUGGGGCAACUUCCUCACCAUCUGCGGUGCUGUCAUUGGCUGGACUCGUGGUACCGGUCUCAUGGGAGGCAACAACAUUGUUGCUCAAGGUGUGGAGAAGUAUGGCGUGCGCACUUUCUCGCAGCAGGAGAUGGCUUUCAACUUGCUUGGUCUCAUGGCUCCAUCGAUUGUCAAUCUUUGCCAGGCCGAGCCUGUGUUUGCCGACUUGAAUGGUGGCCUGCAGUUCUUGCCCGAUCUGAAGGAUAUGAUGACCCGCAUCCGCAAGGACAUCACCGAGACUGCCGAGAUCCGCAAGGCUGUCACUCGCGAGACGUCCCUCGAGAACAAGGUUGUCAACGGCGAAGACAGCGAGAAGCACUACAAGACCGCCAAGGUCGACAAGCGUGCCAAUCUCAAAUUCGACUUUCCUAAGCUCCCCGACUGGAAGUCCGAGGUUGCACCUCUCAACGAGAACCUCAAAGGCAUGGUCGAUCUUGAGAAGGUUGUCGUUGUCACUGGUUUUGCUGAGGUUGGUCCCUGGGGUAACUCUAGGACUCGGUGGGAGAUGGAGGCUUACGGCCAAUUCUCCCUCGAGGGCUGCGUCGAGAUGGCUUGGAUCAUGGGCCUUAUCAAGAACCACAAUGGUCCACUCAAGGGUCAAAGCUACUCCGGCUGGGUUGACGCCAAGACUGGCGAGCCCGUCGAUGACAAAGACAUCAAGCCGAAGUACGAGGCCCACAUCCUCGACCACGCUGGUAUCCGUCUUAUCGAGCCAGAGCUGUUCAACGGGUACGAUCCCAAGAAGAAGCAGCUUAUGCAGGAGAUCCAGAUCGAAGAGGACCUUGAUCCGUUCGAGACCUCGGAGGAGACUGCCCAGGAGUUCAAGCGCGAGCACGGUGAAAAGGUCGAAGUUUUCGCUCUCGAAUCUGGCGAGUUCCAAGUCCGACUCAAGAAGGGCGCCACUCUUCUUAUUCCAAAGGCUCUCCGAUUCGACCGUCUUGUCGCUGGACAAAUCCCUACCGGCUGGGAUGCCAAACGCUACGGUGUGCCCGACGACAUCAUCUCCCAAGUCGAUCCGGUCACUCUCUACGUGCUCGUCUCCACCGCUGAAUGCUUGAUGGCCUCGGGUAUCACAGACCCAUACGAGUUCUACAAGUAUGUGCACAUCUCGCAAGUGGGUAACUGUAUCGGUUCCGGCAUUGGUGGUACUACCGCCUUGCGAGGAAUGUACAAGGACCGCUUCCUAGACAAGCCACUGCAGAAGGACAUUCUUCAGGAGUCUUUCAUCAACACCAUGAGCGCUUGGAUGAACAUGUUGUUGAUGUCGUCCACUGGACCCAUUCGCACGCCUGUCGGAGCCUGUGCGACUGCCGUCGAGUCGAUUGAUAUCGGUUACGACUGCAUUGUCGAGGGCAAGGCACGCAUGUGUUUCGUUGGUGGCUUCGAUGAUUUCCAAGAAGAGGGAUCGUACGAGUUUGCCAACAUGAAGGCCACUAGCAAUGCCGAGGAUGAAUUCGCACACGGCCGCACUCCAAAGGAGAUGUCUCGCCCGACCACGACCACGCGCAACGGAUUCAUGGAAUCCCAAGGUUGCGGUAUGCAAGUCAUCAUGGACGCCCGACUCGCGCUCGACAUGGGUGUGCCAAUCUACGGUGUGCUCGGCUUCACGGCCACUGCUACUGACAAGAUUGGUCGCUCUGUGCCAGCUCCUGGCCAGGGUGUGCUCACCACUGCCCGUGAGGAGCCCUCCAAAUUCCCAUCGCCUCUGCUUGACAUCAAGUACAGGAAGAGGCAGAUGGAUCUGCGCCGCAAGCAGAUCAAGAACUGGCAGGAGUCCGAGCUUCUAUUCCUCGAGGAGGAGGUGGCUGCGAUGAAGCAAGCUGGCGAGUUCAACGAGAACGAGUACAUGCAAGAUCGUGUCCAGCACAUUGAGCGUGAAGCUCGUCGACAAGAGAAGGACGCCCUCGGAUCUCUGGGCAACAACUUCUGGAAGUCUGACUCGCGCAUUGCUCCUCUUCGUGGUGCCCUCGCGACUUGGGGCCUCACCAUCGACGAUCUCGAUGUUGCGUCCUUCCACGGCACGUCGACCGUUGCCAACGACAAGAACGAGUCCGAUGUCAUCUGCCAGCAGAUGAAGCAUCUCGGCCGUCAAAAGGGCAACGCUCUUAUGGGUAUCUUCCAGAAAUACCUCACCGGUCACCCGAAGGGUGCCGCUGGUGCCUGGAUGUUCAACGGCUGCCUGCAAGUGCUCAACACCGGUCUUGUGCCCGGCAACCGCAACGCCGACAACGUGGACAAAGUCAUGGAGAAAUUCGACUACAUCGUGUACCCCUCGCAGUCGAUCCAAACCGACGGCAUCAAGGCCUUCUCCGUCACCUCAUUUGGGUUCGGUCAAAAGGGCGCUCAAGCCAUCGGUAUUCACCCCAAGUACCUCUUCGCCACUCUCGACCAAGCGGAAUUCGCAUCCUACAAGACCCGUGUUGAGGCACGACAGAAGAAGGCCUACCGCUUCUACCACGAUGGUCUCAUCAACAACACCAUGUUCCGCGCCAAGUCCCACUCGCCGUACGCCGACGACCAGCAAAGCAAGGUUUUCCUCAACCCCAACGCGCGCGUCACCGUUGACAAGAAGUCUGCCGAGUACACAUACCCCAAGACCGCGCCGAAGAAGGUCGAGGAUCUGGCUACCACACAGAUGGUGGAGUCGCUGAUGCGCAGCAAUGCGAGCAAGGACUCUCACCCCGGCGUGGACAUUGAGCAGAUCGAUGCCAUCAAUAUCGAGAACCAGACCUUUAUUGAGAGGAAUUUCACGGAGAAGGAGGUCGCGUACUGCAGGAAAGCAGCUGACCCCCAGGCGAGUUUCGCGGGCAAGUGGUCUGCGAAGGAGGCUGUGUUCAAGUCUUUGAGGGUUGAAUCCAGGGGCGGAGGAGCUCCGCUGAGGGAUAUUGAGGUCUUGAACGACGAGAGUGGGGCGCCGACUGUGGUGUUGCACGGCGAAGCAAAGGCUGCGGCGAACAAGUCUGGUGUCAAGUCGACGACUGUCAGCGUCAGUCACAGCGAGAAGCAGGUCAUUGCUGUGGCGAUUUCGGCUUUCUGAACGGGGCCUUGAGGAAUAGAAAGCGCGAUUAUGAAGAGAGGAUAAUUGAGGAGAGAGAUCGUUCUGUUCGUGUUCUGUGUAUGUGCUAGACUACGGUAUAUUGUGUAUGGGUAUGGCUGGCUU